AUGUUAGUUGUGAAGAAAAUUCUAGUGAAGACACAAACGAACUGUCAAAACAAAAACAACGUGGAUAUCAGCAAGUACAGUAAAGAAGCGAACAUUAUCUACCUCACUGGGAGUAAGGACGAUCCGAAGGAUGCAAGCGGAAGACAUUUUGAUGAAGAAAAUGAAAUUGAAGACGAUGAUGAACCAGAAUCUCCUUUAGAAGAAGUGACAGACGGCCUCUAUGACAGAGGCGUCAAGUUCCUGGUGACCCACGACGUCAAAGUGACGCUACCAGAGUUCUUCUUCCAAGGGGCCACCCUGAAGAUAUCUCCGAGAGCCCUCACGAAGACUGGUGCUCUGGUCCACAUUGAUUUGGAGCCGAAGGCUAAUGAUGUGGGGAACGGGAGGCUGUUCUUCCAGAAAAUUAAAAAAUACGUAAAGAAGAAGCUCCUCACCGCUGCCAUAGCCAUCAUCCUGGUCGUGAAGCUGAUCGCAUUGAAGAUAGUCUUCGUUCUCCCCCUCAUCAUGGGGGUGACCACCGCCAAGAAGAUGUUCCUGAAAUUCCUGCUAUUCCUGUUCCCUGCACUGAGCCACAUCUUCAAACUGUGCUCGUGGUACCACCAGAACUACCACACGACGAAGUAUCACCACCAUCAUCACUUGAUCACUCACCAUCAUAAGCCAUCACACGGCCACGGCUCAUACGGUCACUCAUCACACCCCAGCUCGACUGUGAUCGUCAGGCCGCACUCUGAAGGCCCUCCACACACCUACGACCAUUACCCGACUCAGGAUUGGGAGCUGUCUGGGCCAGGACUUGGCAAUGAAUACGUGGCGUCAGGCAUAUCCAGCAUACACCGCAACGCGAUCGCCAACUUCAAGCCGGAUGUCAAUGACGCUAAUGAUAUCAACUCCUGGGGAUUGGGCAUGCCACCAGGACCUUCCACGAACACAGGGGAGUAUGCCAGCACCAAUGUUGUGCCUCAAAUGGUGGGCAAUCCCAACACUGGGCAGAGAAUCAAUUUGGCAGUUCCAGGAAGGCCUGUUGGACCACCAAAUCCAUAUCGGAUCAAAAAGCAGCAAGUAAAAGAUCCCUUACAGGCCGAAAAAGAUGCUCUGAUACGAGCAGCGGCUUUAGCGGCCAGAGUGCCUCCGUCACCAGUGAGAGACGAGUUGCUCAGAGUCUCGGCCGCCAAGCUCACCGAGACCGAGCGAGUGAGGGCCGAGGCCGAACGAGUGAAGGCCGAGUCGGCGCUCGUCAAGCAACAGCAGCAGAUACUGGCUGCACAGGACCCAGAAACGAUAACAGCAGAGAAGUUCUACGGGAAUCUAAUAGACAGAGUGGACAAGAUCCUAGCUUCAAUAGGUGCGACGGAGUCUGGUUGUGGCGAGAGAGCUGUAUGUGCUCUAUAUAGAGAGCCUUUCCGCCACGCACCGUACAGCAAUCUACUGUCCAAUGAACUCAGCAAAGACUCCAGCGAGUUGGUUCCCCCAGCAGACAGCAAGAUGGCACUUCGGUACUAUACGUACGUGCAAGCAGCGAGAGACGGCCAAGAGCAGAAGGAAUGUAACGCUCUGUAUCCUAACUGCCCCGUAGACUUUGACAGGCACCAAAAGUAAUUUAAGAGUAUGAGGUCGCGCAGCGAGACUCAGAGUUUAGGCGAUCAAUAGGUGCAAGCAUUUGUUUAUUUUUAAGUAUUUGUGGCUCUCCACGCUGACGUCUUAGGUAGAACUGACAAACGUUUUCGGUCUCGCUUGCACACAUUCGUUAUAAUUAUUUAGCAAGAACGAGGAAGGUAUGUAUAU